AUGAAGCGACCUUUUCAGAUUGUGCUUAUUCUCUUAAGUCUUGCCCUGUCUGCGGGCCUGGCCAUCGCUCUGACAUAUGCUCCCUGCUAUGCUACGCUUUGCUCUGAGCAGAACUUCCCAUUCGAAACAAGAUUACAAAUCACGAUCUUCUACGCUCUACUUGCUAGUAUUUGUGGCUUCCUCCUUCUUCGCGUUUGCAGCCCCACUGUACGCAAGCUAAGCGACUAUGAUCUGUCACUUGAACUCCCGAUUCUCCAAAAACAUACUACCCUCGGCGGCGUUAUACUCUCCAUCUGGAUAGUUGGGACAACCCUUGCCACGACGGGGUUCUGGGCACCAGCGGAGCUGAGCUUUUGGGGUCUACGGACUGAUCCUCUGCACUGGACAACGGCCAAGAUCGAGCUCACGGUAACGGGUAUCACUGGGCAUUACGCCGACAUUCUGCUUGGACUAGUAAUCCUUCCAGUCUCUAGGAACAGUCUGUUUGGCCACUCGUUUGAACAACACCGAAGUACACUGCUAUUUGCGCACAACCUUAUUGCCUAUUCGUUCCUAGUCGCGGUCUUGGUUCACGGGAUAGCUUACGGCACCUAUGCAGGCGACACCGGUGGCGACGGGGAUGCAGUGGCGAAAGAGCAAGCAUUCAGCAGCGGCAAUCCCACGAUGACAUUCCAAGAAGGUCAGGCGCGAAGCUCCUGGUACGGUUACACGUCCUACACGGGCAUUGUGGCAGUCGUGUUCAUGAUCAUUAUCACCGCGACUGCGCUUCCCUUCGUACGGCGACGAAACUACAACAUCUUCUAUUAUUGUCAUAUGAUCUGCAGUGUCUGUAUCUUCGUGGCAGCCUGUGUUCACGCUAGCACUAAUUUUUAUUUCCUUUUACCGGGUUUGUUCCUAUGGAUUAUCGACUGGGGAUGGCGUUUCUUCAGGGGGGAAACUGGUGGAUUGCAUAAGAAGAUAACAGGGACUCUUGAGAACGCUGGUGGUGGGUGGUAUAGAUUUUCUCUAUCCACAUCGGCUGGAGCACUGGGCUCUCAUAACCGUAUUGCUACCACUACGGGGAAGGAAGUCUCACCUAGCCACCCCAUUCAAUCCUACUACCUCAAUAUUCCAGCUGUCAGCAGGAUCCAGAACCAUGCCUUCACGGCAGCAAAAACCAGCUCGACAACUUCAAGCCCAGUCUUCCUUCUCCAGCGCUCAACUGGCAAAAAUCAAAAGAAACUCGUCAAAGAAUGGACAUGGAAACUGGGGCGUCUUGUCCCUGAGCCCGGGGAUAGGAAAGAGCUCGAAGCGAGGGUGGAGGGCCCAUAUCUGCCAAGAGAAACAGGGUUUGAGACAGCAUCUCAUAUUAUCUGCAUUGUAGGUGGUACUGGAAUUACCGGCGCCCACAGUCUCGCCGCCUGGUGGCUUAGGGUGCGAGCUUCGGCCCUGGAGACAAAAUUCACUCUCAUAUGGACUGUUCGACAACGCGAGACAACUACGCUUAGAGAAUGGAUGGAGCUUGAGGUGAAGGCACUGUCAACGCCGAAUCUCACUUUGUCGGUGCACGCGAGUUCGGAAAAGGGGAGGCUAGAUUUAGUUGCGAAUCUUCGGCGGCUUUUACGAACAGACCAAACUGCUGGGUCCUUGCCGCAGGACGAGAGGAUCUCUCCUGUGGGCCAAACAGCAUGGGUUUACGCUUCCGGACCGGCAACCCUGCUUCGUAGCGCCGAAGAUGUGUGCAUUGAUACUCGGACCCAGAUCAAGACAGCUAUGAAAAGGGGCGGCAACUCCCCUUGGACCGUGGAAGAGCUAGAUUGGUAUAUAGCCAAGUGGGAGCUUUGA